UAACUGACCUCACAUAGUACGAACUCCGUGGCGUCAACGUCCGCCUCGUUUUCGCGGGCAUUUUCGGGCGAUUGUAAAUUCUCCUUUGGUGAGACAUCUCCUCCAGACAAUCCCGCUUAUGGAAGCUUUCGAAAUGGAAGAAUUUAUUUCGACUGUGAAAUGUCUCACAGAAAACUUACAGCAGAAAGAUCUAACAGAUUGCGAUGAGGUUAUAGAGAAGCUUUUCUCUGAAGUCUCAGGCUUAGAUUCCUUUCUCAAAAUACCAGAUCCUCAGAUUCAGGAGUGUGCCGUCCAGUUGUGGAACUGGGCUGUUACCAAGAAUGUGGGAAACGCCAUAACUGCAAUCCAAAAAGCUAAAGUUCGCCAUGUUGCAUGCAACCUGCUGUACUGCUUUGAGUCUGACAGUCCAACAGAGGGCGCCUUUCGAAAACAAAUCUUGAUGGCCAGCAAAGCAGGGAGAGCCUGGCUGAACUGCAAAAACUUUCAGAUGGCAGAUCACUUUCUGAGACUUGCCGUCAAGAGCUUGGAAACCCUUUACCGCCAGCUAACGUCCAGAGCCAAUGACGAACCUGACAUCUUGUCAUCCAAGGCAGAUGUGGAGAAGGACCUUCUUCGGAUCCUGUCGUGCCAGGCUGAGUCGGCUAUCGCUCAAGGGAACAACCAAGAAGCCAUAGUGUUCAUCGAGCGAUGCAAAGACAUACUGCUGCGGCUGCCAAAUGAAACGGCGUACCUCUCAGUUGUCUGUUACAACUUUGGAAUCGAGGCAUACAAUCUGACAAAGUUUGAAGACAGUGCAUUUUGGCUGAGCCAAAGCUAUGACAUUGGAAAAGCAAACAUGAAAUAUGGUCCAGGAUCAGAAGCUCUGGCCAAAGUUUUGCGGCUGCUCGCCACGUGUUAUUUAGAGUGGGACUGUGAGAAGUUUCAGGAAAAGGCUCUAAAUACUGUCAGCUUAGCAAACAAGGAGUGUGUGACCCCGUUUGGACUUUACUUAAAGAUCAGAAUUCUCCUCAGAUGCAGAGCCCCAGACAGCCCUGUCAGAGCAGGUCUUAAUGAGAUGCUGGAAUCUAAAGUUUCUCUUGACAUGUGUCUGAACACAGUGAGACUGCUCAUGUCUGAAAACAGAGAAGUGCUGGCAUUUGAGUAUUUGAAAACUGUGUGUCAGCACUUCGAGUCAUCUCCUAGUCUGGGAACUGCUCUUGUCUUGCACAUUGAGCUGCUGCUGCAAAGAGGCAAGGUGCUGCUGAGCAGACAGAAGAUAGAGGAUGUCAUUACCGGACACUAUACCGGUAAACAGCUGGCACCAGAGGCACUCACAAGUCUGCACAUCAUACUGUGGGAUCAGGCAUCCAAACACUACGAGGAUGACAAUUAUUCUGAAGCUCUCCAGUGGUAUGACUACUCUCUUAGCUUCUUUAAGGCGGGUCAGAUGGACCAGAACUUAUCCAAACUGCAGAGGAACAGAGCAUCUUGCUUUCUAAAACUGAAGCAGUUGGAAAAGGCUAAAGAAGCAGCCAAAGAGGCAGAAAGAAGUGACCCUGACAGCAUAUUCACUCAAUUCAUUGUUUACAAGAUAGCUGUGCAAGAGAGCAAUGCAGAGAAAGCUGCUGAAGCCUUGAGUGCGAUGGCGUUGCUGUCCAAGAAUCCAGUAUUCAGUGAGGACAGACUGCUGGCAUCCCAGACUGCAGCUUCUAACCUUCUCAGUUUGGCUGCUCAGAUUGCUCUGGAGCAGAAUGGACAGCAGGAAACUGCCAUCAAAGCGCUGGAGGUUUUGUGUGAAAACUCCAAAGAGGAAGUUCAGGUUCUGAUUGCUCUGAGAUGUUUGGUUCGGCUUGUGCUCUCUACUAACCAAAACUCAACUAACGACUCCAGUCAUCUGGAUGUGCUGCUGUCAUACUUAAAAAUGGUAUUAUUGUGUUAUUUCACUGCAGCUCUGCAGGCAGUUUCACACCCGUCUAGCUUGACUGUGGAACAGCGCACAGAUCAAGCUAACUGGUUUAGAAAGAUUGCUUGGAACUUGGCCUUACAAUGUGAAAGCAAACUGGACCGAAUGAAAGACUUCUAUACUCUCUCCUACCAGCUCUCCCAGCUGUGCCCCCCUGACCGCACCUUGCUCGUGGCCCAGAGGACUUGCCUGCUAAUGGCUGCUGAUGCCUCUUUGGAGCUCUACAGGAAGUCUCCCCACUCUGCACAGACAGAGGAGCUCACCCAGACUUUGGAGUCCAUUCAGACCUGCUGGGAGGUUUGGAAAACCCUGAAAGCAUCAGGAAGCUCUCCAAAGGAUCCAACCGAGACUAUGCUGCUGCUGUAUGAGUUUGAAGCUCGUGCUAAACUGAACGACCCAAAGGUUGAGACCAUACUGGAGUCUGUCCUGGAGCUUGAAACUGUUGAAACCAAAGUUUUGGAGUCCAUGGCAGCGCUGGCGAUGGAGCCCCCAGCCCACUACCCUCUGCUGUGUAAGAAGGCCCUGAGGGCCUCUCUGUCGCUGCAUAAGAAGCAACCACAAGCUGACCUGGCUCACUGCAGCAAAUGUGUCCACACCCUGAUCAAGCUGUCCCUCCCACGCGGGGUGUCAGAGGUGGGACCCCAAGUGCUGCAUGAGGUGUGGGACUACUUCCAGGAGGCCUUGUCCAUCAUCGCAGCCGCACCGGAUGACUUUGCUGAGAUGGAGACUGUAUGGCUGCUCACUCAUGCCUGGAACACAGGGAUACUGCUGUAUAAUUUGACUCAAUACGCAGAAGCUGAGAAGUGGUUUGGUCUUGCAAUGAAAUUCGUCCAGUAUCUGGGAUCCCUGCAAGAGAGCUACGCUAAACAGAUGUCUGGUCGCUACAGUGAAGUCCUGGACAGACUGGACACAGCAAAGAGAAGCUGUUACUGAAGCAAAGACCAGCAGGUCAGCUGUUCUGUCCGUCCUCUGCUCUCAGCUUGUUGCAGUUCAACUGUUGCAGUGAACGGAUCAGAUGUUUUAGUCGGUGGUGGUUCGACUGUUGUCUAUAUGGUUCAUUUGCCCUCUUAUUAAUUGAUGUAAAAAUGCAAACAAAUUCCUUUAGAAAGAGAGUUCUCGUCAAAUCCAAAGACCUUCUGAAGAAAAAUAAAACACAUCAGAAUGAUAA